AAUAAGACGAUAAAAACUAUUGCGUGGAUAUAAAAAUUUUCACAACCACUACACUCACAUGAUAAAGUACUGAAAGUAUUACUAGAACACUGGCAAUAUUUGUAGCAGAUGCAAGAUUGGAAAGUCUGAUCAAGACAAAACCAAUAGUAGAGUAGAGCUAUCACCACAAGAGAGACUAUCUUAAAGUUUAGCAUUUCCAUUCACUAAGACAAUAAUUGUCAGGAUUGCAUUACAGAUAGAGGAAGAGAGGAAGAGGGGGCGUUCAGAAUGUUCAAAACUGACUUGGGAUGCCAGAGCUCUAAUGCCUACAAUUCUCAGUUAUUUACUAGAUGUUGCUCACUCUCAAUAUGCAGUCCUACCACAAGGGAAGCAUUAGAAAAUCUGAAGGACACCAUAAUGGAGGGAAGGGAAUUGACUAUUGUAUGGAACGAAGUGCAAACCCCGUCCAUUAGUUCUAAAGUUUGGAUUAGAAUUGAUGGACCUUUCCUUGAUGACCAGAAAUUGAAUGACCUGUUCUCUCUGUAUGGAUUUGUCAGCCACUACGAGUUUUCUAGACGUAGUGGCGACACGAGAGGUGCUGUAUCAUUUGAGCUAGAUAGUGCUGCUGAUUCUGCUAUGCAUGACCUAAAUGGUACAACAUUAUAUGGCAGAAAAUUCUAUGUUGCCAAAUUUGUGAGAAAUAUGGGGGAUGUUGUGGUGGCCUUAGAUCAUACAGCAGCUCAAGAGCCAAUUAAAAUUGUGUCCAUCUACAAGUUUGAAGGCAAAGGCAAGAAAAGAAAAUUCAUUACUGCCUUUGAAAUGGACUCUAUCAGGACUGUAGCUGAUUUCCUUCUAGUGCUGCAUGACUUGUGCGACUCACCAUUAGUGGGGUUAAGCCUAAAUUGUCCUUGGCCCGGUUAUCAUGUGAGGUACUAUCAUGCAAAUAGCAUGACUUGCAAGCCAGUCCUUGUGGAAGAGCAGGGACAACACGGUUGGUAUAGUGACUGCAGUUAAUUUUGAUCACACUUCAAUGAUUAAGCAUGAUGAUCCGGGCGGCAACUCAAUGUCUUAUUUCAGAUGUCAAGAACUAAUGGCAAUGGCACCCCCUAACCAAUAUUCUGCACAAACUAGACGUAUCGUAUUCCCACAUCAGGAAAGGCAACAGUGCUUGCAUUGGGCAGGGCCUACCUCAGGAAUGCUUGGUGGAGGGCUACAUUCGUGACAUAAAAUGUGUAGUCUUGUCCAUUAAGGAGAAAUUGGACCGCCUGGGUAAGCAAAUAUUAAAUACUUCAAUUUGUGCUUGGAACUUUUUGAGACCAAAUUCAAUUUUUUGCUUUCUAAAUUGUCCUGGUUUAGUUUUUGGUUAAGUUAUAUAUUUGGUACUCAACCUUCUGAACUGUUUUUUAAAAAUUGGAGCUCCUAUUUUUACGAGAUCUAAGAGAGGUUAUGGUAGGCAAUCUUGCCCCCAAUUUAUUGAAGAGAUUGAUUCUCAAACUCGAAUUUGUGAUUUUUUGCUUUCGGUGGAAGACACUUAUCUUCCACUUUUUUUUCACUUAUGUGACAAAAUGGAAUAUUUCAUGCCUUGCCAUAGGCUCCACAUCAUCAAAGUGACUUUUGGUUUC